AAACACAAACCUUGGAUUGAGACAUCGUACCAUGGAAUCAUAACUGAAAACAACGACACUGUGAUUUUGGACCCUCCCCUAGUUGCUUUGGAUAAAGAUGCACCUGUUCCCUUUGCAGGUGAAAUUUGUGCUUUUAAAAUCCAUGGGCAAGAGAUGCCCUUUGAGGCCAUUGUGCUGAACAAGACAUCUGGAGAAGGUCGGCUUCGAGCAAAGAGUCCCAUUGACUGUGAGCUGCAGAAGGAAUACACAUUCAUCAUCCAGGCCUAUGACUGUGGGUCAGGGCCAGGUGGAACCAACUGGAAGAAAUCUCACAAGGCAGUAGUCCAUAUCCAGGUAAAGGAUGUCAAUGAGUUCUCCCCAGCAUUCAAGGAGAGCAUGUACAAGGCCUCAGUGACAGAGGGGAAGAUCUAUGACAGCAUCCUGCAGGUGGAAGCCACGGAUGAGGACUGCUCCCCCCAGUACAGCCAGAUCUGCAACUACGAGAUUGUCACCACGGAUGUUCCCUUUGCCAUCGACAGGAACGGUAACAUCAGGAACACCGAGAAACUGAGCUAUGAUAAACAGCACCAGUAUGAGAUAAUGGUCACGGCCUUUGACUGUGGGCAGAAGCGUGCGACAGAAGAUGUCUUGGUACGAGUUAAUGUCAAACCUGUGUGCAAACCAGGCUGGCAAGACUGGAACAAACGGAUUGAAUACAGGCCUGGCUCUGGCAGCAUCCCCUUGUUCCCCAGCAUCCACCUGGAAACGUGUGAUGGACCAGUGUCCUCAAUCCACACCACCAUUGAACUGCAGACCAACUACAUCGGCAAGGGCUGUGAUCGGGAAACCUACUCUGAAAAAUCUCUGCAGAAAUUAUGUGGAGCUUCCUCAGGUGCCAUUGACCUGUUACCAUCUCCCAGUGCAACAACCAACUGGACAGCUGGGCUCCUCAUGGAUAGCAAUGACAUGAUUUUUAAAUUUGAUGGAAAGCAAGGAGCCAAAAUCCCCGAUGGAAUAGUCCCAAAAAAUUUAACUGAUCAAUUCACCAUCACUCUGUGGAUGAAACAUGGACCUAGCCCUGGAUUAAGAGCUGAGAAGGAAACUAUUCUCUGCAACUCUGACAAGACAGAGAUGAACCGGCACCACUACGCGCUCUACGUGCACAACUGCCGCCUCGUGUUCCUGCUGCGCAAGGACUUCGACCAGGCCGACACCUUCCGCCCCGCCGAGUUCCACUGGAAGCUCGACCAGAUCUGUGACAAGGAGUGGCACUACUACGUGGUCAACGUGGAGUUCCCCGUGGUGACGCUGUACAUGGACGGGACGACGUACGAGCCGUACCUGGUGACCAACGACUGGCCCAUCCACCCCUCCCACAUCGCCAUGCAGCUCACAGUGGGGGCCUGCUGGCAAGGAGGUGAAGUCACCAAGCCCAGGUUUGCUCAGUAUUUCCAUGGCAGCCUGGCCAGCCUGACAAUACGGCCAGGGAAAAUUGAGAGUCAGAAAGUGAUUUCCUGUCUGCAGGCCUGCAAGGAAGGCCUCGAUAUUAAUUCUCUCGAGAGUCUUGGCCAAGGAAUAAAGUAUCACUUCAACCCUUCCCAGUCAGCCCUUGUCAUGGAAGGAGAUGACAUUGAGAAUAUAAAUCAAGCUCUCCAAAAGGUCUCAUACAUCAACUCCAGACAGUUUCCUACUGCAGGCGUACGACGUCUCAAAGUCUCAUCUAAAGUCCAAUGUUUUGGUGAAGAUGUCUGCAUUAGUAUCCCAGAUAUAGAUGCCUAUGUAAUGGUAUUUCAGGCCAAUGAGCCCAAGAUUACCAUAACUGGGAUGGACCACUUUGCUAGACCAGCUGCACAGUUUGAAAGUGAGAGAGGUGUUAUUUUGUUCCCUGACAUCAGGAUUGUCAGCACAGUCACUAAAAUGGAGCAUUCAGUGGACUUAAGAGAACAUGACAGAGUCAAUAAACAAGUGGUAGUAGAGGAAAUGCUCCACAACUUGGAUUUCUGUGAUGUUUUGGUCAUUGGUGCAGAACUAGACCCUGAACAAGAGUGUUUAGAACUAGAUCAUGGGGAGCUUCAAGGAAAACAUCUAGAUGCCACAAAUUCCACUGCAGGAUAUUCAAUCUAUGGUGUGGACAGCAUGUUCAGCUACGAGCAGGUGCUGCGGCAGCUCCGCUACCGCAACUGGGGCACCUCGGCCACCUCGGACAGGAAGUUCAGGGUCAAGUGCUCCGAGCUCAAUGGGCGCUACACCAGCAAUGAAUUCAACCUGGAGGUUAAUAUUCUACACAGUUCCAACUCAAACUUCAUGGACCAUGUAAAUCACAUGAUAUUCCAGCCCAAAUUUCUCCAAUCUGUUCAGCACCCUGAGGGGAGUGUAAGUGCAGUCCACAGCUCAGUGGUUCCCAGCGUGGCCACGAUGGUUAUCAUCAUCUGUGUGAGCAUCCUGGUGCUGGUGGUGACGCUGGGUGUGCUCCGGCUGCGCUCCGCCCGCCAGCACGGCUCCCUGGGGCACGAGGGAGCCAAGGACAACGAGAUGGACUGGGACGACUCUGCUCUCACCAUCACCGUCAACCCCAUGGAGAAAUAUGAAAAGCCACACCAGACAGAAGAGGAGAGUGAGGAAGAAGAUAUAGAUGAUGAAGAGGAAGACACAACCAGUGCUGAAUCAGAUGACAGUGAAGAGGAGGAGGAGGAGGAAGAGGAGGAGGAAGUGAUUGUCCAAAAGGGACACAAACAGAAUGCCACCAGGCAAGAGCAGUUGGAGUGGGAUGAUUCAACACUCCCCUACUAACAAACAGCCCGCCAGCCACAGCUCUUUUGUAACAACCAAUACAAUGUUUUUUCAGAGUCUAUGAAUUCAUUGACAGGAUUUGAACUUCUGCUUGCCUGUAACUGUUUUGCCUAAAAUGAUCUUGUUGUAGUAAUUGAUAACGAUAGAACUGGCCCUUUUCUUACAAAGCCUGGAGAAAAGGUGGUCCAAACCUCCUGGCACACACAGUAAUAAAGUAAUCCAGAACUUGAUCUGUUAGCAAGCAUAGUUCUCAAUUUCCUGUUUCUGCCCUGCAGAUGUGGGACAAAAGUCCUGUCACUCAAUCCAUACAAGUUUUUGCCUUUGCUACUUUUUUCACACAGGAGAGAUUUCAGCUUGUUAUGUAGAAUAACUUCUGUGGGUCCAAAUACCAGUUGCCAUAUAACUUCACAUUUUUACAGGUGUAAAAAAAACAUAAUCCACCUUCAAAUUGGGGCAGGGCUUUAGUGCUACAGGGGCUAAAUUCCAUCUAUCAUCUCGUCCUGCCUUUUGGAUGUUAACUGUCUUCUGCAAGGGAAUAUCUGGGACUUGACAGGGGAUGCAUGUGUGCUUAUUUAGAUGUGGAUGGUGUAUUUUUUCAGGCAUGCUGUCAGACCCUCAAGAGAGGGAUUUUUAUCCAAUCUACCAAGAGAAAUUAAAAACGAGUUUAAGAAAAACAGCAACAAGAAAGGGCUGCUGAUGGUUAUCAAAAAAAAAAAAACCCCAGUAUGUGUCCAUUGAUUGAGUAAUAUGGUCUUAUGCAAACUGUAAAUUCUAAUGGGAUUGAUUCACUUAAAAUCUGUAGAGCUGCUCAUUAGUUAUGGAUUGAGCAAUUUGCAGCAAAUCGAUGCUUUAAACUGUCUGUCUCAUGGAACCAUUAGCUUGCUGCAUCAUUUUACUGAACUAGUGGAAAAUAAGUGACCCCAUUAUUCCAUAGCUAUGUAUAGCUGGGAUUUGAACAAUUAUUUUAGAUGAGGAAAACGUUCCCUUUUGCUUAGUGAAUGCCAGCUGGAAUUCCUGUCUGACUAUAUUCUAUAAAAACAUGAUGCCCUAUUUCUUCUGCACCCCUGCCUGCCUGUAGUGCACAAGAGAAAGGAACAACACUGUGAGUCCUGUUCUGUGCUCAUAAUUCUCCCUUAUUUCUUCUGCCUGAAGCCAUUAAUGUUGACAGAAGGUUUUAUAAAGGAGACAAGGAAAAAUAAAACCUACUUGGAACCAAAA